AUGGCGCUGGAGGGGCCAGGUGAGGGCACAGCCAGGAAGAGGGGCCUCCCCAGGGACUCCAGCUUCCAGAACGGCGAGAAACUGGUGAUGCCCCCAGUCUAUGUGUUCUGUGGCAGCCCCGGGACGGGUCUUCUCCGAGACCUGAGCUUGGCGCUGAGGCUGCUAGGGCCUCCAGUGUAUGGACAGACGGCUCUCCCUCGUGUCGUGGUCUCACUGGGGCGGCGGCUACCUCCGGCUGGACCCAAGUACCUUUGGGUCACGUUUUCCUUCUUCUGGAAGACACGAGGCGAGCAGUCCAGACCGACCCCUUUUGCUUACGGGGGGCAGGUCAUUUCCGACGGCUUCAGAGUCUGCUCCAGCGGCGGCAAGGGCUCGGUGGAGCUGUACACGCGGGAGAACGCCAUGACCUGGGAGGCCACCUUCAGUCCGCCAGGAAAGCAUGCUUUGUUGUCUUCAACGCCACCAAGCUUCUUCAUGACACCCCCAGCCAACACCGUGAUGCCCUCCAACGCUUACUAUCCCAUCAUAAUCAACUUGACAGAGACGAGAAAAAACUUCCAGAGUCCAGGAACUGUACUGAAUCACCUGCGAAAUGUGUCCCUCAAAUUACCCAAGAAGCCUCUCUCAGAGGAAACGGCGUUGAACCUCACCCAG